AUGAAAUAAUCAGAGGAAUUUUCUUAUGUCUGAAAGCAAUCGCUGAGCCUGAGGUCACAAAUCAUGUGGACUGACAAUAUCCGAGCUGAUGGCUAACGUCGCUACAACUAUCUUAUCACCAACAUUGCCAUCUAUUGCUGUAAACCUAGUUUGACAAAAGCAGAAAUGGCGACUACUCCACACUCACCUUUUUCAGCUCGUCUAGAGACAAGGACAACUCACUUGCAGGAGCAGCUAUCCUUGGGAACCGAAAACAACGAUAAUGAUACGACAGAUCGAGAAACCAGCGACCUUGCUUGCAGCAGCAGUGAGGGGCCUGACUCCGAUGAACAGCAUCUUGUUUGUCCGUGUGGAAACCCAGGGCAUGUGGACUUGGAGAAAUGGGACGAGCUAGGUCGCAACAACAGCCGCUACCAUUCGGAGAGUCUAACUAACGAUACACUGGACAUGGAAGCGAUUUCUCAAGGAAUCAACGAGUGGAAGACUCGUACCCAAAUCAGAGGUGGAUUUUGCCAUAAUUGUCAAAGAUUCCUAGAGAUUUUACCAGAUAUUUUGUCCAAGGAUCAGAGCAAUAAAAAGAAAGGUGGAGAUGAAGAUGAAGAUGAAGAUGACUUUCUAGUGCGCCCGCACUUUCAAUGUACAGCCGAGUUCCAAGCUUCUUAUAAACAAGGCUGCCGCCUGUGUAUACUGUUGGAGCAAUGCCAUCAAGAAUGUUCGAGGAGAAUGAAGACUAUGACUAUCGAAUCUUUUUAUAAGAUCGAAACUCGAAGAAAGUGUCUUGGAAAACCCACGACCAUCUACAUGAUAGUGGAAAUUAAUCACGGCCGUACUCCCAGAUUGAAGUUGAACCUACCCGGGGAGCCCCAUAACUGGGGUUUCAAUAUUUUGGGAUCUUUAUCCGUAAUUUCUGUUGAUGUUCCUGGUAAGUCGCCCUAUUUAGUAUCUUUUCUACAAUAUAUCUUAAAAUUGAUGCAUUUCUUAGACCCGUUUUUGUUAGAACCAACUACACUAGCUGGGCCAGAAGGGCUAGAGCUAUCGCAAUUUGAGGUUGCCCGUCGAUGGAUUACUACUUGCUUUGAGUCUCAUUCUUGUUGUACCAAGAAGUCUGAUUGCCAUUUACCUACAAGACUUCUUGCGAUAAAAGAUGAUUCCGCCAGACUAGUUCUUACCGCAAACCUAGAAACAAAACCAAUAUACGCAACUCUAAGCCACUGUUGGGGAAGUCUUGAGUUCUUGAAACUUACUACAGAGUCACUCGAUUCCAUGGUAAAGAUGAUACCAACAGAGAAGCUCACUAAAACCUUCCGGGAAGCCAUUUCAUUUGUACAGUCGAUAGGGAUUGACUAUAUAUGGAUUGAUUCACUUUGUAUCAUCCAAGACUCCGAAGCGGACUGGGAGAUCGAGUCAGCUUCUAUGGCAUCAGUAUAUCGUGGAUCAGCUAUCACUAUUGCCGCUACAGGGGCCUCCAACGGCACGAUAGGGUGCUUCCUCAAGCCCCAAGAAUAUAUUGGACAUAUUCGAGUAGAACACCCCUUUAACGACUGUAGCAACGGGUGGAAUAUUGCGCAACCUUGUGGGCUGAUCGAAGAAUUGCCAUUAGGACGCAGAGCAUGGACUCUACAAGAGAGGUUACUGUCGCCACGAGUUCUUCACUUUGCACCAAACGAAAUAAUAUGGGAGUGUAGGUAUGGGGAUGCGAGGGAGUACUCACCAAGGAUAGCCAAGCGGAAAUUCGCUGGGAUUUAUUCUCGCUGGGGUGAAAUAGUAAACAAAUAUACCGGAGCACAACUUACUUAUAGCAAAGAUAAGUUGGUUGCUAUAGCAGGAAUUGCUUUCGCCGCCAAUGAGGAGACAGGCGAUGAAUAUCUAGCUGGCUUGUGGAGGACCAACCUCGAAGAGCAAUUAUUAUGGAUUGUAGCAGGAGAAAAUCAGAAGGGCCGACCAGCUUCAUGGGAGCCUUAUCGAGCGCCCAGCUGGUCGUGGGCUUCUAUCGAUGGGCAAAUUUACUAUGGAAGCUCUAGGAUUUACACCGGUCAUACUUGUGCCCAUGUUCUGUCCUCCUCCUUGACAUAUGCCGGAGCCGAUCCUUAUGUACAAGUUACCAAAGGAACCAUGGAACUUUGUUGUAAAGCUAUGCUUCCGGGGAUAUUACAGAAACGGCAUGAUAGUUGGCUCGAGCGCUGGCAAUUUGUCACUUCAGGUGGUGGUACAUUACUAGGCAUUCUUGGAGCCCACCCAGAUUCCCGUGCAGAUGAUGACCGCAAUGUCUUUAUACUGCCUAUUUUUGAUACUGGGUCGGCUGAUCCAGAUCAGGAGCUUGAUGGGAGAUGUUUCAGGGGGUUGAUUCUGGGACCUAGCGAGACGAAGAAGGGUGAAUUCCACAGAGUAGGGAUAUGGUUGUUAGAGGAUCGUCGUGGCAGGGUCAAAGCUAACGGAAUAUGGAAAAGAAAUGGACUACGGACUUUAUAUGACGCUUGUUUGGAGAAUUUCGUUGACUUACUACAAGGAGUUGGCGUUCAGACUGCCAAGUCAGAGUGUGCUAGGAUCCUAGAUACACCAAAAUACGCGGAGGAGCGAUACACUAUUACUAUUGUUUAGUAGAUUAUCUAGUAGAUCAGAACGGUUACUUGCUGAAAGUACACACAGCCGCCUUAUACCAUUGCCCUUUCCUGUAAAACCCCAGGAUCCACCUUGCUUAUUGGCUCCAGCUCUCCUCUUGCCCGAAGGGCGCGUCUCGUGAUCG